GGGCUCAUUCCUGCAAAGAAAAUGGCUGAAAAGGAGAGGAAGACAGUGAGACUGUUUACUUGGGGAUUUAAUAAAUAUGGUCAGCUAGGAGACGGUCAGAGCACAAAUAAAGAACUCCCUCAGCCUAUUCUAACUGAUUCCAGCAAGAACCAGCCCCGUGCAGUCUCGUGCGGGGCUCAUUUUACUCUUGUUGGUAGCGGACCCUCUCUUGACCUCUCCUCUUGCGGUAGGGGACUCCAUGGGCGACUGGGGAAUGGCUCAGAGUUAGAUCAGAGCACGCUGAAGCCUGUUAGCGUGAGAACUAAAGAAAGGAUCGUCUCCUUAUCUGCAGGACAUUGGCAUGGGUGCUUGGUCUCACCAGGUGGGGGUAUCUUCUCUUGGGGUUACAACAAAGCACAUGGAGUACUGGGGACUACUGAUGGACUACCUGAAGUAUCUACAAUACCGAUACAGGUAUCAUGCAAGGUAUUAUUUUCAGAGGUUAGCUGUGGCUUCAACUACACAAUUGCAAUCAGCAAAGAUUCUCGAUCAGUUUAUUCGUGGGGCAGUGGAAGAUUUGGAGUCCUUGGACACGGAGAUAGAGAGGAUCGGUUUAUCCCAACACAAAUCGAGUCUCUCUCGUCUGUUAAGAUAACUAGAAUACAUGCUGGCUAUUGUCAUGCUGGUUUUAUGAGCAAUGAAGGACUCUUGUAUACAUCUGGUAAGGGAAGUGAUGGGGCUUUGGGUCAUGGAGGAGAUAAGACUGAUCAGUUGGUUCCAAGGAUAGUUGAGUCAUUGAUCAACGUAGCUGAUGUUAGCUGCUCUGCAGGUGAGCACCAUUCCCAUACUCUAAUAGUUACUGGAGAUGGUAACGUCUUUUCUUGUGGUGACGGAUACAAGUGUAAGCUUGGCCAUGGGAACGACAGGUCUCUCGACACGCCUACCAGAAUAGACCCCGCCCACUUUAACGGUUGCAAGAUAACUUCAGUCGCCUGUGGUGGGAUUCAUAGUGUUGCCAUGGCGACCGAUGAAGCUGUGUUUACCUGGGGGUGUGGCAGUGACGGUAGACUGGGUCACCCUGAGGCUAAAGGACAUCGCUACUUGUUUUUGAGUAGCGUCCCAAGACAAGUGGAGGGACUCAAGGGCUGGAAACCUUUCAUGAUAUCCGCCUCUUACUAUCACACAGCAGCUCUUUGCUAUAAAUGAUAAAUGAAGUUUUGUUUUUUUAAACACUGUCAUUAAUCAGAUAAUUAUUUUUAUUAAAUCUUU